CAUGUCUUUCACUCCCUAUCCCAUUCAGGACGUGAAUACUCCUGCGUAUGCGCUAGAUCUUUCCGUUUUCCGUGUAAUUGUGUCGAGAGCUUUUCCUUAAGGAUAGGAAAAUUGUAAAGCGAUGGUUGAAAGAGCCUCGAAGCAGAAUCUGAAACUGCGUGUCCAUGUGAAGGCAACUACCUUAGGAUCAACUUUAUGGAAUAGACGCACAAGACGAUCGAAGGAGCCAAAAUCCAGCUAGAAGGAAUUCCAGAGGAAGAACAAGCCAUUAUCGUGAGCACCAUGGCGGAAUUGAAGUUUUUCGCGGACAAUGGAUUUCAGGAUAUAACUCUUGGAAUCCCGUUUGGAACCCACCAGCUAAAUGACCUAGCUGCCUACUCCCAGAAAGUCCGCAACCUGAAUCUUCUUGUAGAUCUCGAAGAGCACGUGUCUCUCCUCGAAGGCACGAAGGGCCACUACAAUCUCUUCAUCAAGAUCGAUACAGGGUAUCAUCGUGCCGGUAUCGACGCUUCCGACUUCGAUUCCAUCAUAAAACUGGCAACGCGAAUCACUCAAAGCCCCAACUGUCAUUUCCUGGGUCUCUACAGCCACGCUGGCCACUCCUACGACCAGCCCUCCAUUGACGACGUCAUUCGCGUAGCACGUGAAGAGCGAGACGCGAUGGCGCGCGUUCGCUCGGCUCUCGAAGAGAACGGGAUCGCUGUGCCGAUCGUUUCGUGCGGCUCGACGCCCGCGUGCUCGCUGAACGAGGACUGGACGGGCGUGAACGAGAUCCACGCGGGGAAUUAUUGCUGCUACGACCGAAUGCAGGUGGCGAUCGGGAGCUGCGCGUCGGAACGGAACAACGCGGCACGAUUACUGAUGCGCGUGCUGUCGGUGUAUCCGAGCCGGAAUACGAUUCUGACGGACGGAGGCGGGAUUCCGCUGAGCAAAGAUAAAGGCGGAUUGGAGAAUUGGGGGUCCGUGAGGGAUCAUCCGGAACUGUUCGUGGCGAAGUAG